AACGGGGUGAAUGUGUCGCGCUUGUCAUGUAGCCCGACCGUUCAUCUCCCUGUGGCGCGACACCAAGGCGUACAGACAUCUCAGCUAAGCGGUUCGUUAAACCAAGUGAUGAGGACCCCUGCGUGUUACGCGCAUCACGAUGGCCGCUGCUACAUCAGGCGCAUCCGGGACGUCUCAAACAGACAUCAUAGCUCCAGGGUGCAAGACCACAGUGUAGAAGAUGAGCAAGAUUCUACGGAACUGCAUUUGCUAAGCAGGUACCGGUUGGAGGGAACAAGCAAAUACGGUCUGCAGCACCACAUCGCGCUUAUCUGCACAUCUAUUUCUAUAUCUUUCCUCAUCCUGAAGCUCAUAGUGUUCUCUGCCUACAAGGAGGCCCGCAACUCUUCGUCCACUUGCACGACGUGCCUGGCAGUGACGCUGCUAGUCGCUCAGGUGCUCUUCCUCGUCACAAAGUGCGUGGAACUUGAGGAGUCCGCUUGCUUCGCCUGCGCGGUGUUUGCCCAUUACAGCUUUCUCAGUACGUUCUUGUGGACGUGCGUGCUGUCCUUUGACAUCUGGAAAAGCUUGACCACCAUCAAGGUGUUCUCGACCAGCAGGAACACACUGGCCUUGUACUCUCUUCUCUCGUGGGGCGCGCCCCUGCUGCUCGUCAGCGUAGCUUUGACCGUGGAUCAGAUUGCUCCUCAGUCGGUGCUAUCUCCCAACUACGGCGACCCAAUCUGCUUCAUCGGCUCAUUCUGGGGCUUGGUGGUCUAUUUCUUCUUGCCCAUGGCGUCGCUAGUGCUGUUCUGCCUCAUUCUAUACUUCUACACUGUCUGCUACAUUCACUCGACGUCUUCUGCAGCGGAGUGUGCGGACGACGACUCAAAGCCCCGACGUGGAAACAGUAGUCAACAACGAACCAACCUUGCGCUCUUCGUUCGCCUGGCCAUCAUCAUGGGCGCUCCCUGGGCUGUCGCCCUAGCAGGAUCGUUUGUCCACAGCGUAAUCAUCGAAUCCAUCGUGAACGUUUUGGUUGGCUCCCAAGGGGUCUACCUGUUCUUCGUCUUCAAAGACUACUGCUAUAUUUGGUCGUCUCUUCGUAAGCGAAUAGCGAAGACAGCUCCCAGAACGAGUUCUUGAACAUUUGCUUCACACGCUGCCCAGUCAUUGGAAUUUACUACACAGUAA